AACGUUUCACGAGUCGGUUCUGCUAUCCAAAAUUGAUCUGCCGCCCAGAGUUCUAGUACAGGUUAUGCAAGGCGGUGAACUGCACGUGAGUUGCAAGGCCAUACUAGACAAAGCUUGUAGAACAUGCACACAUACACAGCGUGUCACAAACUGUCAUAUACCUAGUUAAAUCACUACCUGUUAAGUCGGCACCACCUUCGUCACUCUACGACGGCUAGCGUCAUAGCUUGGGUAGCUGCCCAGUCGGGCCAGCCCUAGGGCCAGCUUAGGGCGCUCUGGCAUCCCGGUAGUCAAUCGUAUUCAGAGCAUUAGACCUUGUCCCUGCGAGACGUGCGAGUUGCAAUGCCCCACCGGCGGCAGCCUUCAGCGACCGCCCGCCACCAUCAGGAGGCCAGCAGCAGCAGUAGCCCUCCAUUCCCUGCGGAUGGCAUUUCAAGCGAUUUUGAGGCCUGUCUGCAGCGCCUGCCAGCUGCUACCCAGCGCUUCCUUUCCUUGCAAGGCCGCCCUUCGGAACUGAACGUUGCCAAGGAGCUGUCUGGGAAUUUGGGGUCGGUGUGCGAGCACCUCGACGGGCACUCAGAAGGCUCACCUUCAGCUAGUCAGGUGGUGGCAUCGGCACUCGAGUAUCAGGCCCUUCGCGUCGCGCUGUUGCGUCUGGUGGCAAUUGCAUCGCGCCUGACACCGACUGAGCUAUUCCCGGACCCAAACGUCAGUCAUACCUUGGCAGCUGCAUCCGCAUGGGCGUUCUUCCAAAGCUGCGAAGCCACGGCAAAACUACUGCGAAAGCUAACAAGCUUCCAAGCUCCUGCAGUCGACUUUGCCCGCAAGCUGCUGCGCAUGCAGACGCUGCAAGCGCUCAGCCGCCAGCUGGCUGCUGCUUUGGAGGUCCUUCAGUCCUCACCGAACCCAUAUCACCGAGUCCUGCAGCAGCAGCAGCAGCAGCAGCGGUGGCCUCAUAUGCUGAUGCAGGUCGGCAUCACGGCUUACAUGUCCUGCAACCUUUUGGCCGCCCUGGCAUUGCACGUACAGGCCUCUGCUGACCCUGAGGCAGGAGGCGCUGGGCACCAGCGGCAGCAGCAACAACGGCAAGCGGCUAGGUCAUACCUCAGAGAGUUUGUAGCCGCCCUCCACGCCAGUUACCUAAUGGAGCAUGCAGCAAAGCUGCUCCUGCUGCUGAAAGAAUCCGUUCCGCUGUUGGAAGCGAGGAUGUCAACCCAGGUGGAUGGGAUGCUGCCCCAGACCGUGGGUAGGGCCUGCACCAUACUCCAGCAAGCCUACGAGGCCUGUUCACGGCUACAUGCCCGGCUUGACUCCGGAGCUGCCGGUGCUUCUCGCUUGCCCUCAUCCGUCCUCGACCACUUAUGCCAAGUCCUGUCAGGCCGUUGUCUGCAACACGCGAUGAUCCUACACGGCCUGGAAGCCUUGUGUAUCGCAGAUCGGGGCCCGAUGUACGGCCUGCCGUACGGGCCAUGGUACCCUUCCGUAUGUCUUGCUCGCUUCGCCGCAUCACAUGGCAGUUCUGUUAGCGAGCAGGUACCAGUGCUGGGCGAUAACGCCCUGCAAGCUAUGCUGGCAGCACUACAGCCUGUGUUCAGGGUGCCGCCGCUGGGCCGCAGGGCCGGCCUGGCGCUGCUGAUGCGCGUGGGUCGCCUGGCGGUGGUUUCGGGGCAGGUCUGGGCGUCUGCCACCGCCGCCAGCUUUCGAGGCAGCGGGCUAGAGGCAAUCCUGCCAUGCACUCUGGUAGGCAUGACAGGCGUUUUCACGCUUCAUGUAGCGUUCCAACAUUUGCGGCCCCUGCAACACGACUCGGCGGCGCAUGUGGCGCGGGAGGUGCUGGCGUGGUGGAGUCUGGUGGAAGGGGUGGUGCGGCAUGCGCUCUGCGCACCUGCCUGCAUGGUGGAGCGUCUGGCAGUGUAUCUGGAGGGCACGAUUGGGGCGACGGCUCGGUGGGGCCAAGGUGUCCCGCUUCCGGCCGCACCGCCGCCGGGUGUGGCAGCGGCGCUGGCGGGCGGCUUCCUGCCCUGCCUGGAGCGCCUGCUGAGGCGUACGGGCGUGGACUUCCAUAACUUGGAGACAGUCCUUGCGAACGCACUGCUGGGCCGCAGUAAUAGCCCCCAGUGGCUCAUUGCGCUGCUCGCAUACGGGGAGGAGCGGCAGGCAGCAGCACUGGUGGUCACGGUGGGGAAGCUGCUGCGCCGCGCUGACCCACGGGUCGUUGCUACGCCGUUGGGUCUCCGAACGUGGGCCUUGCUUGAAGUAGUAGGCACGAUUGCAACGGUCCUGUGGCCUCCAGCGGAGCCCAAGGCCGAUGUUGAGGCCAGUGCUCCACAGCAGCGGCAGCUGGGCCUGCUGACGUCGUGCAUGCUGUGCGAGUGGCUGCCGCCACUGUCGCGGCUGUUGCAGCGGCGAACGGUGCCGGCGGCGGCGGCCAGUGCAGAGCAGCACCGCAGCACACUGCCUGGUGCUGCUCUGAGUGAGAGCGCCUGCGUUAAGGCCUUGCGCGGUGUGCUGCCGUGGGUGUCUGCGCUCGCUCUGCAGUGCCUCGACCCAGGCAGCAGCCGGCUGGUGGGGACUGCGGCGGCGGCGUCAGGUUCUGCGGCUCCAGCGGCGGCCCCUGCAACCCCUGCUGACGCAUGCGUAAGCCAUGUUGACUGGCGGCUGCUGCUGCUGGAGGAAGUGGAUGUCGUACGGCUGCUGGGGGCAGUCCUGGGGGCGGGUGCUGAUUGGCACCAGCCGGGCGGUGCUACUCACGAUCUGGCCCUGGGCUGCUGCGCUGUGGCGGCGGCAUUUCCGGAGCAGGUGCGGCAGGCAGUGGUGGUGGCGGCAGCAGAGGAUCCGGAUCCAGCAGCAGCGGGCUGGCGGCCGGCGCGGCUGCGUGCGCUGGUGCCGCUGCUGUCUGCUGAUGUCCAGGCAAAGGAGGAGGGCGGUGACGCCGUGACGGCAGGCAGCAGCAGCAGCAGCGACAGCAGGAGUGGCGGCGGCGAUGAGGCUAGGAUGGUAUCAACAUCAGCGCUCGUCAGGGCGGUGGAUGCCCUAGCCGAGCAGCUGGAUGCAUGGAGCUGUGACGGCCAGGCCGGGGCGGAUGGCAGGCAGGCGGACGGGGCGACAGGGUUGCGCGCCGCGCUUCAUGAGGCCCUAACAGAACCCGGCUGCUUUGAAACCUUGCCAGAGGCCCUGGUGUCGCCGGGGGAGCUGCGGCUGCGGGGGCUGUUGCGGGGUUGCGGCAACCCGGGCUGUGCUAACCUGGCGGGCGACAGCGAGGCGGAGGUGAAGCUGAAGGGUUGUGGGCGGUGCGGUGCGGUGGGGUACUGCUGCCGGGAGUGUCAGGUGGCGCACUGGAGGGCGGGGCACAAGGAGGUGUGUGGGCAGGACCGUGUUGCAGGUUAGACGGGGGUUAGACGAAAGCGAGUAUAUAUGGCUUGGGUAAUAGAGAUAUGGUAAUAGAGAUAUGAGUUGUACAGCGCAUCAUGCGUUGCAUGCUGACCUGCGCACGAGUGCGUGUUCGAAACGUCAUGCGGGACGAUGUUAUGAAAUUGUUUCCGGUGGUGCUGACAAGCGCUUCGGAAGGCAUCAUAUAGGGCUAUAGGGAAUAAGCGCAUCCGUACCAUGCCUGGGCAGCACAUUGGAGCAGCAAUGCCGUGCCGCAUGCGCACUGGUUGGCAGGAUUGCCGGCAGGGCGUGGGUAACGCAGGAUUGAGGCUGGGGGAUGGCUGUACGUAAGCGGGUGGACGGCGGGUGUCAAGAGGACGUUCAUAGGAUGCAUGGCCUGGGACGAGCCUGAUCAUCCUCUGCAAGGAGGCAUUUUCUAACGAGGCUGCAGGAGGGCUGCGCACAUUUGUAAGGAGCUCUGGUAUACGGAUGGUAACUGUAGCUGCGGCUAGGUGCGUCGGAAGGGCAGACUAAAGCAUCUCAUCAAGCGAGUACCACGAGGAGGUUGUGUGCUGGGUGUGUUGGAUGUGGCAAUUGCACAAUGGCAACGAUGUAUAUGGCAGGUUGUUGUUGUUGCUUCGGUAAGCCGUGUUCUGUUGGUAGGGGCUUGCCUUUCCCCCUGGGCUCGUAGUUGCCGUGUAAUUGUACUGACCACAGCUGUCGACCAAGUAGAAAUAACGGUAGACAUGCGGCUGGUAUCGGGGCACCGGAUCAAAAACGUGUAUUACUGAAGUUGUAGUAGUACCGGUAGUAGAAGGCGCCUGAGCCAAUAUCUUGGAGGUUAGGUACGUAUCAAUCGUGACCUACCACUUAACGCUGGUGACGUCAGUCGCGCGACUUGUAACUGAUCGC